AUGCUGCAGUCUGCGAGGAGGGAUCAGCUGCAGUCUGCGAGGAGUAAUCAGCUGCAGUCUCCGAGCUUGGAUCAGCUGCAGUCAUCUGCUGAUCAGGUGAGUGCACAACAACAUGGGACUUCUGCUGGUCAUUUGAGUGAGGGAGAGAUGAUAGGGGAAGGGAGUGAUGCAGACGGAACAUAUCAGUUGGGCGUGGAAGGAAACAAGCAUGAUGGGUCUGAUGUUUUGAGUGAGGAAGAAAACUAUAUUGCAGCGUUAACAGAAGGAAACGAGCCUAAAACCUUCAAGGAAGCGAAGAAAUAUGAGGAUUGGAGAAAUGCAAUGCGUACUGAAAUAGAGGCUCUAAAAGAACAGGGGACGUGGACAUUGGAGAGUUUACCGGAAGCAAAAAUGGCGACAGUCCGUACAUUUCUGGCAGUUGCAGCUGUUAAAAACCGGGAGGGUAAGUUGCAGUUGAGCGUUCUUAUUUAUGUAGAUGACAUGAUUAUCGCAGGGAACGGUACAUUUGCAUUACAGAGUUUUAAAUCAUAUUUAAGUGAAUGUUUUAAAAUGAAGGAUCUAGGAGCAUUAAAAUAUUUUUUGGGGUUAAAGGUUGCUCGUAGCAAGCAUGACUUUUAUAUUUGCCAAAGAAAGUAUGCUCUAGACAUUAUUUCAGAAACAGGGCUCCUAGGUGCAAAACCUGCAGAUUUUCCAAUGAAGCAAAAUUAUAAAUUGGCCUUAGCGGAAGGGAAUGAGAUGGCAGAUGGUGAGAAAUAUAGGCGUUUGGUUGGACAUUUAAUUUAUUUGGCCGUGACACGACCAAACUUAGCAUACUCGGUCCAUAUUUUGUCACAAUUUAUGCAAGCACCGAAGGAGGAACAUUGGGAGGCUACAUUGAGGGUAGUGCGUUAUUUGAAGAAGUGUUCAGGCCAAGGCAUUUUGUUACGGUCUGAUAGUGAAUUGAGGCUGGAAGGUGGUGUGACUCAGAUUGGGCCGCGUUGCCCAUUAACUAGACGUUCGUUGACAGGAUGGUUUGUGCUACUUGGUAUGUGUCCCAUGUCCUGGAAGACUAAGAAGCAACAUACAGUUUCUCGUUCCUCUGCAGAAGUAGAGUAUCUUUUAAUGGCGGCUUUGACAUGUGAGUUGAAGUGGUUGAAGUAG